GAUAAAGCUCCAUAGAACAACCCAGUUGAGUUUCAAACAGAAAACAAUUUUCUCAUUAUUCAAUUGACAAUGAACCCUCCAAUUGUUCGAACCAUCUCAGAGUGCUUCAUCAAACCACAAUAUGCAUUAGAAAAACCAAGCCAUCCACCAGUCUACUUGGCCCCAUUCGACCUAGCCAUGCUAUCAAUGCAAUACAUACAGAAGGGUCUUCUCUUCAUCAAACCCACCCCAACAAAUGACCGAGAAAACCCUGUCCAAACUCUGCUAGAGAAGCUCAAGGAGUCCAUGUCUCUCACCCUAGCCCAGUUCUAUCCCCUCGCCGGUCGGCUUGCGACCCACAAACAAGAAAACCCGCGUUCUUAUUUCGUGUGCAUCGAUUGCAACGACAGCCCCGGAGCAAAACUUAUCCACGCAACAGCGGAUUUAACCGUCGCUGACAUUCUUUCGCCCGUUGAUGUCCCUGUGGUCGUUCAAUCGUUCUUUGAGCAUGGCAGGGCGGUUAAUCACGAUGGGCACGCGAUGUCAUUGCUGUCGAUUCAAGUGACGGAGCUAAUCGAUGGGAUCUUCGUUGGUUGCUCGAUCAACCACGUGGUUGCUGACGGAACAUCGUAUUGGCAGUUCUUCGACGGUUUGUCGAAUGCCUUCCGUGCAGGAGAAAAGAGUUUCGAAAUUUCUCGUCCCCCAGUCCUUCAUCGCUGGUUUCCCGAUGGGUACGGCCCGAUUAUCGACCUCCCUUUCUCUCACCACGAUGAAUUCAUCGGACGAGUCCAGGCGCCCCCACAUAGAGCGAGAAUCUUCCACUUCUCGUCGGAAUCUGUGGCCGAACUCAAGCGUAAGGCCAACUCGGAGUGUAAAACCCUCGAUAUCUCUUCGUUCCAAGCCAUAUCCGCGCUCAUCUGGAGGUGCGUCACACGAGCACGCAGUGUUCCACGCGACCAGGAAACCAGCUGCAGCAUGGCUGCGAAUAACCGGACCCGAAUGGACCCGCCGUUGCCAGACGAGUAUUUCGGCAACUCAGUUCAGCUGGUGAAAGGAAAAGCCUCCGCCGGUGAACUCGUCCAGCACGGGUUCGGGUGGGCGGCGCGGCGGCUGCACGAGGCGGUGGCAGGCCACUGCGCCGCGGCGGUGCGAGAGUAUGUAGAGAAGUGGAUGGAGCAUCCGAUUAUGUACGUUAAUGGGAAGUUUUCGGACCAGUUCAGUUUGGUGAUGGCGUGGUCGACUCGGUUUGCAAUGUAUGAGUGUGAGUUUGGGAUGGGAAGAGCGGUGGCGAUUCGGAGUGGUUAUGACACGAGGUUUGACGGGAAAGUGACGUUUUACCCCGGGAUCGAAGGCGGCGGAAGCAUGGAUGUGGAGGUGUGCUUGUUGCCGGAGGCAAUGAGGGAACUUGAAUCCGAUGGGGAGUUUAUGGAUGCUGUCAAUGGCAAGCGCUGAAGGGAACAACAUGGAAAUCACUCAUGUUAGGAUGUAGUGGCGUAGCAAAAAAUAUGCACAAGUGGGAGCACUAUGAAAUAAAAAAUUCUAGAGAUUCCAAAUCUUGCACAUCCCAUCAACUAAUGACUUGAUAUUUUUUGGUAAUACGACGUUGGCUUGAGUGUUCAAUCACUAGAAACAAA